AAUUCCAAAAGUCACAUCCCCAAUUAACCCAAAUUAAUCCUAAUUUCACUAGUUUACUACACUAACCCUAAUUUACCCUAUACACUUUUGUUGUUAUUGUGGACACACUCCCCCAAUCCCUAUAUCCUUUUCCAGCGUCGCAUACUCAUCAGCCCUGUCGACAGGUCUUCUCAGCAUUGCCUCCGCCUGCCACCUGCGCAGCCCGAGUUGCUCCGCCCACCCGUGAGGAUGCCGUCGUCUUCAACACCACAACACAACCCCACCGCUGCUGCUAUUCACGGAGGUCGACGCCGCCGAUGCUGGUUCUCAUGGUGGUUGAUGUUGCCGCGGGAGUCCUUCUCGUCUAAAGACGUCAACGAAGCAUCCCCUCCUCCAGGCCGCAACAGCAACCACCUCUGUGUCCACGCCGCCCUGCCGCGUCUAGCUAUCGACCGUUGCACGCCGCUCUCUGCAAUCAUCCCAGUGUUCUCCAAUUGGCCUCAUGUAGCGAAUUUUGGGCUUGCUAAGAUCUUGCAGCGUGAGGCGAGCGACAGAAGUGCUGGUACCGGUGCCAUGUCCAGGGUUGCUAAAUCAUAUGAAUACAUUGCCUCGGAGUAUGCUUAUACGCUCUAUAUGCUUAUGAUGAGAUGUUGAAUUAAUCAUGAAUGGCUAGUCUUUAUUUAUAAAUAUGGGAAAUUUAUUCUAUUGUUGAUUUAGGAGCAAAGUCAGAACUUGUACAUGAUUGAUCACAUGGUGCUUGACAUGAAUUCCUAAGAGAAGGCUUGUUCUAAUUUUUUCGGGAGAUGCAUAGAUGGAGAAGAAAUAAAAGCUUGUGUAGUAUAGAGAAUUCUUUGAUAAGACCCUUGUCUCACCAGAUCUUACAAAUAAUGAGAUGCUCCAAAAACUUGUUGAAAGCCAAAGUGUAUGUUCUUCGAAACGAGAAGUAGAAUGUCAUAACAUUCCCUUGUGUCCUUUGAAUUCAUUUAGGCAGAAAUUGUACUAGCUUAGUAGAUCUAUUAUUUUUAGUUAAAUUAUUCUAUUAUAGUUUCUUAAGAUGCUUUGUUUGAUUAAUUAGCAUACAAGGAGAAGUUGUUAGAAAUGAAGACAGCAGAGAUAUUUAAUUUUUUUGAUAUGUUAAA